AUCCUGGGCCGGCGUCUCCCGCAGGGAGAAGAACCUCUUCCUCUCUUCCUCCCCCCUCCCCAGCACCCUCAGAAGCCUCUCCCAUGGCCCAGCCGGCCAGUCGGUGGGCAGCGCAAGGUCCAAAGCGGGGGCCGGCCUGUUGCUGAUGCCCUCGGUAGCUCCUCCUGCGCAGCCAUGCAGAUUGGGUUGGUCAACUGGACAGGCGGGUAUCUGACUGGGGAAUGCUAUGGCGACGGCGUCAGCGUCUUGGGAAACUCACUGGGGAAGAAACAGGUAUCCCCCCGGAAGCCUCAAGUGAUGCUCAAUUUUCUCUAUUGAGUUCUGUUCCAGAAUGAGUGCUAUCAGCCAGUGUCAGAUUUGGGGCUGUUUUCCACUGAAUUGCAAUGGUCAGGCCUGUCCAAAGUCCGUUUUGGGGGGCUAAUCGGGUUGGUUUAAUCUGGCCCCUGUGGCAGUUUAUUUCCUGGGGGUAAAAUCCUUUAUAAAGUUCAACAACUUCAAUCCGGAAAAAAAGGUCAACAACUUUGGCCGGCCCCCGACACAUGUUCACUUCAUCACAUCUGGCCCUCUUUGAAAAAAGUUUGGACAGACACCCCUGCUAAUGGCUAUCUAUGCUGCCAAGGUCAUAUAUGACCGGUUCUUCUGACUAUCUAUCUUAUCUAUGUUAAUACCAUCAAAAAACAGUGCUUAGUUUCCUUUUUAGUUGCUGUUUUAUACGAUACGAUAAUCUUUAUUGUCAUUGUCCCAUACAGAACAAUGAAAUUGAAAAAAUCUACAUCAGACAUUCCAAAACCCACAAGCCAGCUAUUCCAGCCUGGUUAACCCCUAAAAACUCUGAUACCCCAUAACUGAAUACAAUAUAUUCACAUAAAGACUACCUUAGUAAAGGUAUAGGGACCCCUGACCAUUAGGUCCAAUCGUGACCGACACUGGGGUUGCGGCGCUCAUCUCGCUUUAUUGGCUGAGGGAGCCGGCAUACAGCUUCCGGGUCAUGUGGCCAGGAGGACUAAGCCGCUUCUGGCAAACCAGAGCAGCGCACGGAAAUGCCGUUUACCUUCCCGCCAGAGCGGUACCUAUUUAUCUACCUGCACUUUUGAUGUGCUUUCGAACUGCUAGGUGGGCAGGAAAGACUGCCUUACACUGUGUUUAAAAACCAAAAUUGCAUUUGGAUAGAAACUGUUUCUCAGGCUCUAGUCCUGGUCUUUAUAACCCUGUAUCUUCUUCCAGAAGGCAGAAGCUGAAAGAGAUCCUUUCCGGGGUGCGCACUAUCCUGCGCUAUCUCUGCAGCUUUCUUAUGGCACCUGGAAGCGUAGAUUUGAUCCAAGGUGGGAAGAGGGCACCCAAUUAUCCUCUCCGCAGUCUUUACAACCCUGGACAGCAUUGUUUUUUCCCUGACCGUGCAGCUCCCAAACCACACACACAGACCAUAAUAAUAAUAAUAAUUUAAUAAUAAUUUAUUAUUUAUACACCGCCCAUCUAGCUUGGUUUCCCCAGCCACUCUGGCCAGCUCCCAACAGAAUUAAAAGCACAACAGAACAUCAAACAUUAAAAGCUUCCCUAAACAGGGCUGCCUUCAGAUGCUUUCUAAAUUUUGUUAAUGUUGUUAAUAUUGUUCUAUGGAUGAUGAGUGCUGUAACAUUUCUGACUUCUGUUGUAACGGUGCUGUUUAGCUUAUUUCUUUAGCUGCUUUGUUAAUAGCGUUUCAUCGAUUGUUUUGCCGAUGAUUUGUUAAUUGUUCUGUAUGAUUUGUGUUACAUUUGUGAUUUAUUGCUUGUAAGCCACUUUGCGAUUUGUGCGAAUGGCGCAGAAAUAUGAUAAAUCAGCCCAGAGAAAUACCCAGGGACAUUUCUUUGGGAUCUGUUAUGUACUGAGUUGAAUAUGAUCCAAAAGGAAACAGUCUGAUUGGUCCACAGGAGCCACCCAAUCCAGCUCCAGGUGGAAGUGAAUCUGCAACCUGAUUGGCCUACAGGUGAAUCCUGGAAUUAGCCAAUCACGUGGGGCCCAUUAUGUAAAUAAUGUAUAUAAAGCAGACAUUCUGGGGGAACUUCCAUUCCUCCUCACCACUAUGAGCUGAAUAAAGAGCAUGAAAUCCACUCUCGACUCCGGGUAUAUUUCAGGAUCCCUGCUGACCUGCCCCUCUCGCCCCCUGCAGACCUGGGACCUGGAGGUGACCACGAAGCCCGGGAAGUUGACGCUGGCCGUGCUGAGGGGCCACCAAGGGCGCUGCCUCCUGGUGGACGCGGAUGGCACCGUCCGGUGCGGUCACCUGGCCUCGGGGCGGCAGAGCCAGUUUGUGCUGGAGGUGCACUCCAGCGGGGCCUGGAGCCUCCAACAUCUGGAGAGCAAGAAGUUCCUGGAGUCGGAUGGGGAGGACGUCUUCUGCGUCUGCAGAGAGCUGACGCGGCGCCACAUGUGGAUGCCCCAGCUGGCCAUGCAUGCGCACGUAGUCCUCUUCAACCCCAGCAGCCGGCUGUACGCGCGGACAGACCCCGAGCUGAACCGCGUCUGGGUGGACACGCCGGUGCCUUACUGCGAGGAGUGCGGCUUCGUCCUGAGGCUGCGCUGCGGCGUCUGCCACCUGGAGACGUCCAACCACAAGUUCGUCUCCCGGCUGGAGAAGCUGGCCAAGAAGCCCUCAGCCGAGACGGCCUUCCACCUGAACCUGAGGCCCGGCUGCCUGGCCUUCCUGACCGACAGGGAGGGGCACAUCCUGUACCCGCAGGGCAGCCGGGGGCUCCUGUGCCUCGGAGACUGCCCCGAAGACAACGAGGAGUGGUUCGUCAUCAAGAGGUGCCCGCAGUGGGUCAGCCUGAGAACCAGGGCCAAGAAGUACAUGGGCAUCCUCUGCGGCAAGUAAACCCGGGGGGAGCAGCAGGGGCCAGGCCGGGGGCCCAGGGCCUCUUUGACUCAUGUCAGGGGUGAUUCAGCUCAGAUUUGGGAGGGUGUGCUUGAUGACCCCUGGAGGUCCCUUCCACAGUUCUCUGGUUCCAUCUAGCUCAAUAUUGUCAACCCUGGCUGGCAGCCGUGGAUCUCCAGGGUUUCAGGCAUGGUCUGUCCCUGUCGUUCCUGGUGAUGCUGUCCGUGGGGACUGAACCUGGAAGCUUCUGCAGAAUAUUAAAAACAUGAUAAAACAUCAAACGUUAAAAACUUCCCUAAACGGGGCUGCCUUCAGAGGUCUUCUAAAAGUCAGGUAGUUGUUUAUUUCCUUGACAUCUGAUUGGAGGGCGUUCCACAGGACUCUAGGGAAACAAGGAAUGUUGUACUUGACUGCUCCAGUGGAUUACAUCCCACAAAAUCCUGAAGAGACAAUGCUGCCAGCCAGUGUCCUGAGCUAGAUGAAGCCGACUCAGUGCAAGGCAGCAGCUCCCCGUGCUGCACCUGCUGAGCUGCUCUUCUCUCCCCUCAGACUCGGAGGUCUACGCAGGCUCCAAAAAGGCGACCCCCAUGUCCACGUUCCUCUUUCAUGUCAGUCCCGAUGCCCAAACCGUGCAGCUGAAAGACAUCAACCACAAGUACCUGGCACAGGUAAGUUAGGAGCUCCUCCACCCCCCAAAGGCUGGGUCCAGGGUCCCUGUGAGGGCCAGGAGGUGGAGUUCCCAGCCCCAUAGCCAAAUGGUGGAGGGGCCACAUUGCUAUUGUCCCAAAGAGCAUUACCACCUGCUAUAUCGGGGGACGGGGACUUUCAUUCCCAUGGGGCAGAGUGGCUGGUUUUCUCUCCUCACCCCCGCUGACCUGGUCUUCUCUCCCCAGAGGGAGUUCCAGAGUGUGAUGGCCGAUGGCUGUAGCAAAGAACCUGAGACCCAUUUCAGCAUCCUGUGGCAUUAUGGGAAAAUCUUGCUGAGGGCGCUCAACGGCCGCUACCUGGGCACCCUCCCUGUUGGGCUGGUGGUCGCCAGAGCCAUGCAGCCAGGUGAGGAGAAGGGGGAGAGGAUGAGCCACUCCCUGGAACAAGGAGGGUCUCUGGCUGGGGGAGGUGGGGCGGGAAUAAUAUAAGAAAUAUAACAGAUGUGAUAGAAUAUCUGGAGGUCAGAAAUGAGAAAUAAGCUGCUUUAACAUUUAUAGAUACUGAAAAGGCCUUUGAUAAUAUUUCAUGGGCCUUUAUGAAGAAGAUAAUAGAAAAGAUGAAUUUCGGGAUGCAAAAUUCCCCCUUAAAACAAUCAUCACACUAACAGUCUUGAAAAUAUCACUUACUCACUCAGAAUACUUGUUGGAGAGUAUACAGCAGAGUAAUGAGAUUAACAGAGACAGGCGGACUUGAAAUGGCGAUUCAGUUGUAAAGACAUACUUUACAAGGUGCCUUAAAACGGUGCCUGAGCGUUGGAGCUCCGACUUAGCAAAUGUUGCCCUUUUUCUGGCAUGUCAUAAAGAGAUGGGGAAAGGGUGUGCCCAGGCAGGUAAGAGAAUAUAUUGCUAUGCCCUCCUCUGCCUGCCAGGGCACAGUGCGGGGAGCAUCUCUCGCAGAGUUCUUCCUAGCAAACACGCAGGAAAGCUCUGUGAGCUUCAACUCCUAUCUUGCCAAACUUGAAUUGUUGGUUUGGACUACACUUUAAAUAUCCCACGAAUCCCACCCCUUCUGGCUCUUUUGCAAAAGGGGUUCUCCUCCACCCCUAGACCUCAAAGGAAGGAGAGCAGCCCCCGUCCUCGCCAGCUGCCAAGAAAAGUCUGGACCAAAGGUCUGCCAAUGCCUCAGGGACCCCGUCUCCUUGCCAGCUCCCAGCUGACCUCCUGCCCCGCUGCAUUGCAGGGCCCCACGAGGAGUUUGGCCUGCGCCUGGCCAACCGCUCCUUCCUGCUGCUGCGCGGCUGCUACGGCUACGUGGGGAGCUCCUCCUGCCAUGAGGCCCUGCAGUGCAACCUCCUGGAGCCCGACUGCAUCGAGCUGCUGCCCUGCAAAGAGGGCAUCUACCACUUCCAGAGUAGGUGAAGGGGGGAAGGAGGGGGGACAUGCCAGGGGGUCAGGCCCGUUGCCCAUCUGGUCCAGCGUCCUGUUGCUCCAGAGAGGGACUCACAAGCAGGAUCCGAGCACAAGGGCGGCUCUCCCUUCCUGCUGUUUCCAGAAACCCCUACAGUCAUACCUCGGGUUGAAUAUGCUUCAUGUUGAGCGCGUUCAAGUUGCGCUCCACGACAACCCGGAAGUAACGGAGCGCGUUAAUUCCGGGUUUUGCUGCUCGCGCAUGCGCAGAUGCUCAAAAUGAUGUCAUGCGCAGAAGCGACAAAAAGCGACACGCACAUGCGCAGACGUGCCGUCGCUAGUUACAUUUGCUUCUGGAUGCAAACGGGGCUCCGGAACGGAUCCCGUUUGUAUCCAGAGGUACCAGUGUACAGUGGUACCUUGGGUUAAGUACUAAAUUCAUUCCGGAGGUACGUUCUUAACCUGAAACUGUUCUUAACCUGAAGCACCACUUUAGUUAAUGGGGCCUCCUGCUGCUGCCGUGCCACCAGAGCACAAUUUCUGUUCUCAUCAUGAGGCAAAGUUCUUAACCUGAAGCACUAUUUCUGGAUUAGCGGAGUCUGUAACCUGAAGCAUAUGUAACCUGAAGCGUAUUUAACCUGAGGUUCCACUGUAUUACUGCCUCUGCCUCUGCACUGCUGCCUCUGACUGUAGCGGCAGAGCAGAGCCAUCCUGGCUACUAGCCAUUGAGGGACACGGGGGGCGCUGUGGUCCAAACCACUGAGUCUCUUGGGCUUGCCGAUCAGAAGGUCGGCGGUUCGAAUCCCCGCAAUGACAGGGUGAGCUCCCAUUGCUCGGUCCCUGCUCCUGCCAACCUAGCAGUUCGAAAGCACACCAGUGCAAGUAGAUAAAUAGAUACUGCUGUGGCAGGAAGGUAAAUGGCCUUUCCGUGUGCUCUGGUUUCUGUCACGGUGUCCCGUUGCGCCAGAAGCAGUUUAGUCCUGCUGGCCACAUGACCCGGAAAACUGUCUGUGGACAAACGCCGGCUCCCUUGGCCUGAAAGCGAGAUGAGCUCCGCAAUCCCAUAGUCGCCUUUGACUGGACUUAACCAUCCAGGGGUCCUUUACCUUCACUAGCCAUUGAUAGCCCUCUCCCCUGUGAGUUCCUCUAAUUCUGUUCUCGAGCCAUCCCAAUUGGUGGCCAUAGUUGCCUCCCGUGGCAGGGAGUUCCACAGUCUGCAUUGUGCGAAAAGGCCAUUUCUUUCACCUGUCCUGAAUCUCCCAAUGUCCGUCUUUGUUGGACGCCCACCACUUUUCCGCCGCCGUUUCGCUUCCCAGGCCGCGGCAAGAGCUUUUGGUGCCUGACUUCGGAGGGGACCUUCAGCCCCUGGGGGAAGUUUGCCUUGAAUUUCUGCGUCGAGAUCCGAGGGAACAACCUCCUGGCGGUGCUGGGACCCAACGGAUACUUCCUGCGUGCGGACCGGGAGGGCUGCCUGUUGGCCGACAGCGAGGAGGUGACCUGCGAGUGCCUCUGGGAGUUCUAGGCCUCGGGCAGGUGAGAAGAAGGGGGGCAGUCGCCUUGCCAGGGUUGGGGGUGGGAGAGGCGGGGGCCCGGCAGAGAUGGGAGGGCAGAGAGCUGUGGGCCCCUCCCCACACCCGAGAGACUCAGCCACCAGCAUAGACCCCGGACCCCACUGUGGCACCUCAGGGGGGUGAAGCUUUUGGCUCCCAGAGCCACUUCCGCCUCCCUCUUGCAGGACUCCCCUGGAGGUCUCUCUGCCACCCAAAGCCUCCCGGACCACCCACUGUGUGUCAACAGAGACAGAGGCGGAGCCAGGGGUGGGGCAGUGAGGUCACCCCCCCUCAGGGAUGACACCUGGGGCGGUCCGCACCCUCCCUUCCUCCGCCAGUGAACAGAGAUCCGAGAUCCGAACUGGUUCCUGAUUUGCUACUGGGCCAUGUUCAAGGUGUUACUACAGUGGUACCUCAGGUUUAGACGCUUCAGGUUACAGACUCCACUAACCCAGAAAUAGUACCUCAGGUUAAGAACUUUGCUUCAGAAUGGGAACACAAAUUGCCCGGCAGCAGCGGGAGGCCCCAUUAGCUAAAGUGGUGCUUCAGGUUAAGAACAGUUUCAGGUUAAGAACGGACCUCCGGAACAAAUUAAGUACUUAACCAGAGGUACCACUGUGUUAGUAUUGUUAACAAAAGUCAGGUGUCUGCUCCGCUCUCUGCCAAGCAGUGGCAAAGCCCUUGGGGUCCCAGGCACCCACCCGGGGUCUGUGUUCCUCUGGAGGAACAGAAGAUGCAGCACAGACUGUCGUGGCUUUAAGAUACAUGGUUUAUUCACCUAUUUACACCUUCAGUCUGCAAGGAGGGAGUCCAGAUCUUACAGCUUGUUCCCCAAAGCAGAGCAGCGUUUAUGGGUAUCAGCUCCUCCACCUCCUCCUCCUCCUCCUCCUCCUCCUCCUCCUCUUCCUCUUCUUCUUCUUCUUCUUCCCAGCAACCCUUUCUGCCUGACCCCCCUUUUGCUGUCACCUUCAGCACUCAGUUACCCUGACAGCCUUUCAGACCCCAUCUCUGUCCACACCUCAGGGCACAAACUCUCUUGCAUUGUUAAUGUCCCUCACUUGCUCUUUAGUGUUCCUUGAUGGCCAAAGCUCAGCCACAGGAAUCACCCUGUAGCUUGUGCUUUGAUCCUAGCAUUUAUUCAUUUCUAAGGGGUUUUUUUGGGGGGGGGGGCUCCCCAUCUUAAAUCUAUAAUAGUAUUACAGUCACACCUCAUGUUACGUCCGCUUCAUGUUACAUUUUUUCAGGUUGCAUCCCGCAGCGACCCGGAGGUACCAGAGAGGGUUACUUCCGGGUUUCGCCACUCGCGCAUGCACACAAGCGGCAAAACACAGCGCGCACAUGCACAGAUAUGGCGCUUCAGGUUGCAGGCUUUUCACGUUGCAAACAGGACUCCAGAACGGAUCCUGUUUGCAACUGGAGCUACCACUGUAUACACAUUGUAUUAUCAGUAUCGUUAGUUAUAGUAUUUUGCUAUGCUAUACAGUGGAACCUCGGUUUUCGAACGUAAUCUGUUCUGGAAGGCUGUUCAGCUUCCAAAACAUUUGAAAACUGAGGCGCAAAGGGAGAGUGUCAAUUUCAAUGGUGAAAACUGAAUAAACACGCAGCGGAAGCCGUUCAACUUCUGAGGCACAUUUGUAAAUGGAGCAAUUACUUACUUUCAGGUUUUUGGCAUUCGAAAACUGAAACGUUUGGCUUCAGAGACGCUUGAAAACUGAGAUUCCACUGUACAAUAAAGCCCAGAAAAACUUGGGACCAGUUUCUCUGCGAGGUGGCCUGGCCCCACUUGACCCCAUUGAUUGGGGGGAAGAAUAAGAAGAAGAAGAAGUAGUUUAUUUAUACCCUGCCCAUUUGGCUGGGUUUCCCCAGCCACUCUGGGAAGCUCCCAACCGAAAAUUAAAAACACAAUACAGCAUUAAACAUUAAAAACUUCCCUAAACAGGGCUGCCUUCAGAUGGAACUGGAGCUCCCACGGGGGACACAUAAUACCCGUUUCUCAUUGGUAAGAACUCACAUCAUUUUGUGUGGCAGCACUUUGGAACUCCCUGCCUAGUGAUAUCAAGAAGGCACCUUCAACUGUGUUUUUCCUGGCACCUGCUAAAAACAUUUCUAACCAGGCCUGUGGAAUGUGGACGUGUUUCUUCAUCUGUUUUUAGUUUAUUGCUGGAUUCAUCCUGCAAGUCUAUUGAAGAGUUGCGCUUACUGACAAUAUUGUUUUAUCCUUUUUCGUAAGCCGCUUUGAGGGGUGUGUGUGUGUUUUACAUUCAAGCAGUGUUUAAAUUUUGUGAAACAAAUGAAUUGCUGGGGGCUGGGAGCCUCGGGGUCCCAUCCCAAUCUGAGCCUAUGGUUUUAUGAACUAAACCAGGCAGGGUUCUAGCCCCCAGUGACUCGGGGAAGGCUAACCAGGAGGUCAUUGUUCACAGGUGUCUGCCGGAGAGGAGGGCACGGAAACCCAGCAGAGUCCUUGUUGGGCCGCCCAAGAUGUCCGAAUGCCUUGGCCUUCUCUCCGCGGCCUCAUCCGGACGCAUCAGCAAAAGGCUUGGAAGCAGCAGCAGCAGCGGAAAAGGAGAGGGGCUCUUCCCUCCCACCCAUAAAGGGGUCUCACCCGCUGCCAUUCUCCCCCAUUGAGGUGAAGGGGCAGAUGCCCCCAGAGGAGGAUUGGGGGCUGGGGUGUGGCUCCUCCCCCCUUGCAGGACCACUCAGGUGUCUUCUGAAAAGGAGCAAAAAGCAAAAGGACCCUG